AGGAAGAAAAGGAGGAGCUGUGAGUCUUUGACCCGUUUCCCAAGAAAGAGUGAUGAGCAAGAAUCCGACCCGUAUAAAGUUAAUUCAAUUCAAUUCGCACACAAUACCGCGAUUCAAAUCCGAAAAUCCCAAACGCAAACCCGAAAACCCAAACCCUAAUUCGGUGUAAUUUUUCAGUCUUCCCUAGGCGCAAACGCAAAAGCACUUUAGGGAAGCAAUGGGGAUAAUCAGAAGCAGCUUCUCGUUUCUAAUGGGCACAGUGUUCGGCGUCUACGUUGCCCAAAACUACGACGUUCCGAAUGUCCAGAAGCUCUCCACAACUGGCCUUCUGAUCGCCAAGCACAUCGAGGAGAACUACCGCAAGCCCAAGAAGAAGGAGGAGGACGACCACUAGAUCUCGCCCUGCUACGACGCCAUUAUCGAGUCAGGUUCAUUUCUCGUUGUGGAGCGAAGCGGAUAUUUUUGGUUGGGAAUUUUGUUUAAUUUAGGUUUUGGUGGAAAUCUGGGGAUGCAUUUUAUCUUGUGAAUUGAUUUAAUUUUGUUUAAUUUAGGUUUUGGUGGAAAUCUGGAGAUGCAUUUUAUCUUGUGAAUUGAUUUAGUUUACUGUUUGGUUUCUGAAAAAGUGUAGGAAAUGAAAGAAAAUUUAUUGAAGUUUGCUUUGUUGGCUAUUCAUUAUGUCUGGAAUUUACUCUGAAUUAGGUUGAUUUCAUGUUUGGAAUUUUUUUCGAUUUGCAUUGUUAUCGAUACCAUUGUGUCAAUUUUAUAGGUAAUGUCUUCUGUGUAGCUGAAGUCAUCAUCUGAGAAUAUGCUUGGUAAUCCAAUAACAAAGCGAAAUAUGUAUCCUGAAGAUUUUCCCAAGCUUUAAAUGCUUCCAGCAAUUUUACCUUCCAGUUAAAAGGGAUGAACAGCUUGAAAUCUGGCUAGGAAAGUUUUAAUUGUAGUCGACGACACCAAGGAACUUGCUUUUUAGUUAAUGCAACUGAUAAAUAUUUCUGUCUGCAUGUGCAGUUGA